CUACCAAGGGUGACAAAGUGAUACUCUGAAGAAAAAAACCCUAAGCUAUUACUCUUAUUUCUCAGUUUACUGAUUUUACAAACAUUUGGAAACCUAAUACAUUUCAGAUACUGGUGCUAUAGCUAUGAAAGAUAGUCUCUGCCCUUAAGGUACUGUUUUUCAGCUUUCUGUGUGUGUGUGUGAGGGAGAGAGAGAGAGAUGUGUAUAUUCUUGGAGUAGGGUGAGAGGAUGUAUGACAAGGUAGAGUAAAAUAUGGGUUGUAAAAUGACUAAAUGUAGGGUGAGCAACAAACUCAAAGGAGAGCAGAGCUGGGUUGGGUUCCUGCAGGAAAUUAUAUUGAAGGAUUUUAAGCAGACAAAUUGAUCACAAUUGCUUUUUGAAAAUUCAUUUGGCUGAGAUAUGUGCUUCCUUGCUGUAGUGAACAGAAACUUUCUGCCUUUGUGCCUUUUUUUCCUUUACUCUCCACAAAGGACUUACGACCUUUUCUCAUGCCAUAAUACUCUUUACCUUUUAGUAUCCAGUUCAGGUCUUAUUUCUUCUGUGAAACAUCUUUCAAUUAUUUUUACCCCCCACUACUUCCUUCUCUGAAACCAUAUUGGAAACAGUAUCACACAGUUAAUACUUUUCUUCUGUGUGUUUUAUGUCUCUAAAUGGAUUGUAAGUAUAGGGAAUGUUUCUUGUAUAUGUGAAUGGAAGACAUGUUCAAUACAAAAAUUUGUUGCUUGGUCUCUCUUUAUUUUGUUUUUCAGGGUAGGAGUAGAUUAUGUGCAACGGUUUUUUAAAUUAAUCUAUCAUCAUCAUGGCUAAUGAGGGCUGUCUGAAUGCUUGUGAUAGUCCUUUCUCAUCAGAUAAACAUGCACAACUCAUGUUGGCCCAGAUCAAUAAAAUGAGAAAUGAAUACCAUUUUUGUGAUGUUCAGCUACAAGUUGGGAAGGAAACUUUUCAAGUUCAUCGACUGGUUUUGGCUGCCAGUAGUCCUUACUUUGCAGCUUUGUUCACAGGAGGAAUGAAAGAGUCCUCAAAAGAUGUUGUACAGAUUCUAGGAAUUGAAGCUGGAAUCUUUCAGGUACUUCUAGAUUUCAUUUACACAGGUAUAGUGAACAUAAGUGUGAAUAAUGUCCAGGAGUUGAUUGUUGCAGCAGAUAUGCUACAGUUGACUGAAGUUGUUAAUCUUUGCUGUGAAUUUUUGAAAGGCCAAAUUGAUCCACUGAACUGCAUUGGGAUCUUUCAGUUCUCCGAGCAGAUUGCCUGCCAUGAUCUUUUGGAAUUCACAGAAAACUACAUUCAUGUCCAUUUCUUGGAGGUUCACUGUGGGGAAGAGUUCCUGGCACUUACAAAAGAUCAGUUGAUCAAGAUUUUACGAAGUGAAGAGCUUAGCAUUGAGGAUGAAUACCAGGUCUUCUUAGCUGCAAUGCGAUGGAUUCUUAAAGAUCUGGGAAAGAGAAGAAAAUAUGUGGUAGAAGUGUUAGAUCCAAUUCGAUUCCCUUUAUUACCUUCUCAGAGGCUUUUAAAGUAUAUAGAAGGAGUAUUUGAUUUUAAUCUUCGUGUUGCAUUGCAAACACUUUUGAAAGAGUACUGUGAAGUGUGCAAGUCUCCCAAAGAGAAUAAGUUCUGUAGUUUCCUGCAGCCAUCUAAAGUUCGACCUCGGAAGAAAGCAAGAAAGUACCUAUAUGCAGUAGGUGGAUAUACUCGGUUGCAGGGAGGUCGUUGGAGUGAUAGCAGAGCCCUAAGCUGUGUAGAACGUUUUGACACUUUUAGUCAGUAUUGGACCACUGUGUCUUCACUUCAUCAGGCUCGAUGUGGACUGGGAGUAGCAGUUCUAGGAGGGAUGGUCUACGCAAUUGGAGGUGAAAAGGAUUCGAUGAUUUUUGACUGUACUGAAUGCUAUGAUCCAGUUACUAAACAGUGGACAACUGUAGCUUCAAUGAAUCAUCCCCGCUGUGGCUUAGGAGUGUGUGUGUGUUAUGGGGCUAUCUAUGCUUUGGGUGGAUGGGUUGGAUCUGAGAUAGGAAACACCAUUGAACGAUUUGAUCCUGAUGAAAAUAAAUGGGAAAUAGUUGGCAACAUGGCUGUGUCACGCUAUUACUUUGGGUGCUGUGAAAUGCAAGGUUUAAUUUAUGUAAUUGGGGGCAUCAGCAAUGAAGGAAUAGAGCUUCGUUCUUUUGAAGUUUAUGAUCCACUUUCUAAGCGUUGGUCUCCACUUCCUCCAAUGGGAACCAGAAGAGCCUAUCUUGGGGUGGCUGCACUCAAUGACUGCAUCUAUUCUAUUGGAGGGUGGAAUGAGACACAAGAUGCUCUUCAUACUGUAGAAAAAUACUCCUUUGAAGAGGAAAAGUGGGUUGAAGUUGCCUCAAUGAAAGUGCCAAGAGCAGGCAUGUGUGUUGUAGCAGUCAAUGGUCUUCUGUAUGUUUCUGGAGGUCGAUCUUCCAGCCAUGAUUUCUUGGCCCCAAGUACAUUGGACUCAGUUGAAGUUUAUAACCCUCAUUCAGAUACAUGGACAGAAAUCGGUAACAUGAUCACCAGUCGUUGUGAAGGGGGUGUUGCUGUAUUAUAAAAUAUAAAGAAUGAGAGCACAAGGAACAUUUUGAAAAUGUAAGAUCUGACCUUUUACAAAACAAACAUAUUUAGUGAUAGUAUCCUCUGAUUCUAUUACAUUUUCUAUGUGUUUGAUAGAUAAAUGACUAAAGAGUGAUUUUUCUAAAAAUUCAGUUGAGAAGGGAUAUGAAUAUAUCCUAAAUAUUUUCUUU